AGGCAAGGUGGCAAGGUGGCCAGGUGAUGCCUUGAGAAUCUUGUCCGCGCCAUGGGGGCUGCUGAGAGUUGCUGCAAGGAGGCGUGUGCGCCGUGUGCGCGGCCUGAAGGGCCUGGGCCCUGGGCUUUGGCCGACACGGAUCCCGAGGGACCCGAUGCUGACGAGGGUGAAGACAGCCAGCCAGUCACCGGCCUUGCCGGCGCGCUCUCGAGAGCGGCGGGGGGGUCGUUGGCGUGCCCACCCAGCCAGAGCAAUAAAUUGUGCAAGAUAAGCCGGCUGCAGAACUUGCAGCACCUUGAGGUGGACAAGGACAUUCUGCGCGCAAUUCCGCUGAAGAAGUCCUUGAGAGGUCUCGGCCACCUCUGGCGAAAGUCCCCCAUCGACCUGACGAAGGAUGAGGGUGAGGGGCUGUGGGCGCAAUCGCAGCCAGUGGACUAUAUCGACACCUUUCUCUCCCACACUUGGUCAACACCUGGAGGACACAAGGUCCUCUCGUUGACGAUUCAGUCCGCUUGGCUCUUCAUUCUGCUUUCUUGGGCCAGUGUUGCAUUGAUUUUCUCUGUCCUUUGCAUCCUAGACUUCCUGCCGAUGCCGUUUUCUAUCCAUGUUACGGUGUUAGAGUUUCAGGCUCAAUGCAAAGUUGGAGUUUGGGUGGUUAUUUCCAGCUUGCUGGCAGCAGUCCUGUCGGCCUUUCUUUGGCCAUGGGUGCCGGAAGUCUUGUGCCUAAAGUCUAACAAGUGCUUCCUGGAUGUGGUAUGCAUUCACCAGACAGACGCGGACCUUAAGGAGCGGGGGAUUUAUGGCCUGGGUGGCUUUCUGAAAGUCUCCCGCGAGUUGAGGGUGCUGUGGACAGGUCCAUAUCUUUCGAGACUUUGGUGUGUCUUCGAGCUAGCAGCAUAUCACAGCGCAAACCCGCGAGGGCAGACCAACCUCACGUCAGUUCCUAUCGAACUGGGCGUGUUUGUGGCAAUGAUUGGCAGCUAUGUUGCGUCCAUUUGCUUUGCGUUUGCUUAUGCAAUACCAACAGCUUCUGAUUCACUGAGCUCUGGAUCAUCCUUGGCGCCGAAUGUACGAUUUUUUUUGGCACUCUUUUUCGGGAUGUUGCCGAUCGUGUUUGUCAUCCACUCCCUCCGCAACAUUUUUCAGAAGCACGCGCAGAUGCUGGAAGGCUUGGAACACUUUGAUGCAGAGCAGGCAAGCUGCAGAUCUGACUUUGACCGAGAAUUCAUUUUCACUGGGAUCAAGGCAUGGUUCGGAAGCACCAUGAAUUUCAACCACUACGUGAGGACCACACUCCGCAGAUCCCUUCUGCGGAAAAGGAACCCUUUUCCAGCUCGGUACUCUUCUUUGAUCGUGGUGGGGCCAGUCAGUCUGGGUCUGGAAACUUUUCUGGGCAUGUGCAAGGAGGGUGCACCCUUCAAAUGUAUUUUGACCUAUAUUGGUUGCCAGUUAGUCUGCGCCAAUGUGAUGUGGAUAAUGUUGAGCAUUAGGCUGCUUGCUUUGCUCGCUGAGCACUUCUUCAGUCGCAGCAGCUCGCGUUUCAGGGACUACGCAAAAUCGCUAUGCAUUUGGGCAGUGUUUUACAUCUUCUUGUACGUUGGCCUCCUAGCUGGCGCAGAAGCCCGCAAGGUCAAUGAGAUGGCAGCCCUCAUUUGGGUGCUUAUAGCGCUUUUACUCUUUGGGCUAGCAGUGCGGCGUGACCUGCUGUGAUCAUUGCCUGCCUCCCAGAGUGCCCCGUUUUGAAGCCGCUUUGGGGUUGGGGCGUGCACCCGGGCAAAUCCGUUGAAGCACCUCGUCUCUCCUUCGUGAUGAGUUUAUUCGGCAGACCA